AUAUUGGUGAGAUAAUUGAAGAUAAAAUAUUGAAAUAAGUUUUAGUAAUUUUUUAAAAUUCUUAUAUUCAAUUAUAUUUUAUCCUUUAAUAAAGUUUAAUAAUCAACGUCACAUUUUAAAAUUAACAAUGACAAUUUCGUGGAUUCGUUUGCAAAUCGAGGGAAAAAAGAAAUUUAAAAUAGAUAGUCGGUGACAGAGAAUAGAGGAAAAAAAAAGAUAUUGAAAAUUGAAUAAAUUAUGUAUAAUAUUAUAUAAUACUAUCGAUGUACGUAAUAAAAAGAAAACGAACGUAUUUACUAAAGAAUUGAUAAUUGAAAAUCGAAAAAUUUAUAAUAAUAUCACCAAAGAUAAUCACCAUCCGAAUAGAAUUAAGAAAAAGGUAAUAAAAAUAUUCAAUGAAUGUAUUAUAUACAUGUGAAUGUUUGUUUAUUCGAAGAAUUAUCAUUAAAUAACAUAAAAAAUAUUGGUCGAGUUUAGAAAAAGUUGAUACCUUUGAAAAUUAAUAAUACUGUUUGAACGAAAUGUUUACUCUAAAUAAUUAAAGACAUAGAAGAAUGCGAGAAAUCUGAAUGAAAGAGCGAUAAAGAGAAAAAAGAAAGAGAAGUCGGACGGCGUGGGAAGGAGAAAGUGGGAGAAUCAGCGGGAAGAGUGUGGCAAAAUAGCGCGGAGUGGGAUCAUCGAAUCGGUAGACUCGGAUGUGCAAGGUCGAAAAGGAAGACGCGUUGUUGAGAGGCGGGAAGCGUGGAAAUAAAAGUUGGUGUCGCUUGUUAAAAGGAUGCGUGCGCGUGUGUAAAGGAGAAUUUUUCCUUUGAAAUCUUGAUUUUUGCGUGUGUAAUGUGGAUACAGAACGAGACGGGAAGAGGAGACCUAGCUGAUGCUAUUUAGCUGAUAGAAAAUAUCUUCUGCUAUGCGAUUCCUGCUCGACCAUCGUGGGAUUUCACUUGAGAGAUGAGGAGGGACUUUACAAGCCUAUACCACCACCGAAACCGGUGCCGAACAAUCAAAAGAUUCAGAACGGGCAACAGGAUAACAGGGUACAAACGAUAGCCGAGCAAUCGUCGCGGACCGUCGUUUCGGGUAUAGAGAGGAACACAACGUCAGACGAGAGCCAACUUCGAAGUUCCGGACAGAACGUUGCACCGGAAUACAGGAUGCCACCACUUUACGGAGAGGAACAGAGCUCGAGUCAAACUCAACAGCCGGCUAACUUGCAGACUCAUAGCAGCAAAUUUCCGAUUGAACGCGAAGUUGUUCUACCAUCGGGAGAUAAAAAUUCAAAGAUUCCUAUUCUGCACGAAUACAAACAAAGAACUGCCGGAAGAGUGGCUAUUGCACCGGAUGCACCGAUCAAGCAACAAGCUUGGGUUCAAGAGGGAACUCAGAUGCAAGAAGUGAGACAAGAGGGCCAAGCGAGGAGUUAUCAAGCAGCGGAAUCUUACGCGUCGACGUCGGUUGGAUUGGCGCCAAGGACGGCCAAGAUCGAUGAGGAGAAAAGCAAAUCAAUCUCGAGGACUUAUCACACGAUUAAGGACAUGAUAUCGAGCCGUUUCGGGCAGAGUCGCAAGGAUGUUGAGCCGGAACCGGAGGCGAGUUUGAACAACGUUACGGAAGAAUUGAGAAAAUCGAGUAGGAGCAUCGAUGAGGAGGAGGCCAAAAAGAAGGAUGGGAUUUAUGGAAAACCGCGGGCUCAAGAUCCUCCCCUUAAUAUGCAACAAUAUCCGAAGAAUGCUUGUGGUCAGUACGGACACUCGUAUAGUUAUCUGAACAAUCAGCAGAACGUACCGCUUCCUGGACAACUUCAACCAACGUCGCAAAUUCAACCCAAUUUACCGGGUCAAAGUGCUCAGCUUCACGUGACGCAUCACACUCCACCAGGAGGAGUUCAAACGGUUCAUCAAACUCAAGUUGCUGGUUUCGGGCAAUCGGCGACAGGUGGACAGCAGGUGCAAAACGUUGCUAGGGAAUACGUCGUACAGGGACCAUCUGGAUUGCCGAGUCAGCAAUUGCAUCAAGCACUUCAUCAGAAUCCUCAGAACCAGAGCCAGAGCACGCAGAUGCAAAAAUCUCAUGGUCUACCGAUUCAACCUCAUCAAGUGGGGAAUUCGAUGCAACCAUCGAAUCAAAACUUUCAAAGCGCUCAACAAUUGAUGCAUCAGAAUCAGAGUCAUCAUCAGAGCCCUAGAUUCGCCCAACAACACGCGCAGAACAUGCACCAACGUCAACUUAUUCAACAGAUGCAUCAACAACAAUUGGCCGGGCAGCAGAAUGCCAACCAGCCAGGAGUUAGGAACGUGCAACAGAGUUAUUUCUCGAACAACGUGUCUUAUCAGCAGUACCAGCAAGCUCGACAAGCUAUGUCAAGAUCUCAGAUCGAUCUACCCAGCACUUCGAGACAAGCUCAAGAACUGAGGUUGCCCGGCCAAGAAGUAUAUUAUCAUUACGCUCAAGGUCGACCUAGGUACGGUGUACCGCAAGUGUACAUGAAGACCGAAAGUAACCAAGAGGCCGAGUUCCAAAGAAGAAACUCGACUAAAGGUAUCGAGAAAGCUGCUUCCCAACCGCAACUCUGCUACGAGGAUGAGAGGGUUAACGAUCCCCAAUCGAGGAAUCCAGUAAUAGAUCCUAUUAAGGGUCUAACGGUUGAUCCAUUGGACAAGGAACGGUACGAGAUCACAGUGGAGGAUCAUGGUAGUGGAGUAACAGCCGAGUUUGGAAGAAGCGAUUCUCAAAGAAAGGACGACUAUCGACCGGAGACAAGCUUCGGUAUACGCAGAGAUGACGCUGUCAGGUGUUCGAAAAGAGAACAAGAGCAAAUAGGGAUGGGUGGGCAAGAUGGACAGGAAUCGGAAGGAAGUUCGGUGCAGAAGAGGAUCGAGGAGUUGCAGAAACGAGCCGAGGAGAAUCAUUAUAACGGGAAAAUGUCGAAGGAAGGUAUGGAAGGGGUGGAGGUGGGCAAAAGUUCGUCAACGACGAAAAUUGGAAAUGGCGAUGGACCAAAGAGAAUGGAGAAUCAAUACGCAAAGGAUCUUGUUCCGGCGAAACCCGAGGUAAGAAAAGACGAGCUGGAACAUGGGAUCGGUCGAUUGAAAAUCCAAAAUCAGGGAUCAGGAUCAGAUUAUGACAAAGCCGGCCAGAGUUCCUCAAAUGUUGAUUCGGGGAGAGGAUCGGCCGUUUAUUCCAGCGGAAGGCGGCCACCACCGGAAGAUCAAACUCAUCAACCAGUACAAGAUUCAGAAUGGGUGGACAUUGUGGAAUCCGAAUUGAGAAAUAUUUUAGAGCCAAGAGAUGUGCCCGCUAUGGCGCAUUCCACUCUAUCUGAAAGCGUAUCAUCGGUAACUCCACCCCUGCCGCCGCUUUCACCCCAUGAAAGUCCCAGAACACCGAGAAAUCGAUACUCGGCGAGCUUACCAUACGGAUCGAAACCUAAUUACAGCGAUUACAGCAAGGCCAUGGAGAAGAGAGGAUUCUCGAGUAGUUCGAAGCAUCGUGGUGCCUCGACUUCCAAGAAAGAAGCUGCUAAGAAAUUCUCUCAUCUUUUCGGUGUCGAAGCUGGCGAUUUAACUUCGACCACAACUGGACUCGAUUUAGAUUCGAUGUUGGAUAGAAGUGAUUCUGAUUUAAGCACGAAUGACGCGAGAACGAUUAGGAAACAAUUGGAGGGUUUGGAAAAUAUGUAUAGCGAGGUAUUGAAAUUACUCGGUGGAAGUGUGAAAAAGAGACGUAAAGCCAGAGGCUUAGCCAGUUAUGGUUCCGUCUCAUCAUUGCCGACAUCAUCCGUCUCGUCCAGACCACCUGUAACGAGGCACCAUGAUAAACGUAGAUCCCACGCGAUUGACGACAGAAUGAAGAAAGCCAAAGAUAUCAAGAGCAUUAACAAACGCUUUCAACGACUAGAAUCUCAUGUGGUUACACUUGCCAGAUCGGUAGCACACCUGAGUUCAGAGAUGAGAACGCAACAUUUAAUGAUACAGGAAAUGGAGAACAUAAGGGGAGAGAUUGCUGCACUGAGGACCCAAACGAGUAUGGCAAUGGUGAGAUCGCAGUCUCAACCAUUGAUCAAGGAUUCGGAACUACCAGCUCUCUCCAAUCCUUCCAGAGUGAAAAAACUCACCAAGUUUUUCGGCACGGAACCACCGCUCAUCAGACUAUUCCUCAGGGAACUUGGGUAUGAGAAAUAUGCAAAUGCUUUCGAGAAAGAAAAAGUCGGAAUGGUGGAGCUUCCUUAUCUAAGCGAGGAAAGAUUGCAAAAAAUGGGAGUUCCUCUGGGACCGAGACUGAGGAUUUUACAAGAAGCGAGGAUAUCGGUAUGCAAAGAUCCAAUUUAUGUUGUGUAAAUCUUAUGGAAUCCUUUGUUCAUGUGAAAAACUAUAGAGCGAAAAGAUAUUAAGAAAAAAAAAAAAGUUUUCAUUUCAUGCUUUUAACGAAUUUUAAAUAGUCAAAAGUGUAUCGUUUUUUCAAUUCACCUCAAUAAAAGAUGAUUCUCUCGAAUUCCUAAAUAGUGAACAGAUAUUGAAAAAAUUAGUAUUUUUUACAAAAUAAAAAGAUAAUUGAUAAGAAAGAUCGAAGAACUAAUUACGCUCUAUUUCAUGUGUAUUAAUGCGAUUAAUUAUUACUUUGAGAUAGAGAUUAUGGUUUUGCACAUUAAAAUGCGUAUAAGUGUGUCAGGGAAUCUGUAAAACUAUCUGUAUUUUUAUCAUAGAAUUGAAAAUUAAGAAUUUUUAGUUGCAUCAUUGAUCUCGAAAAUAUUUAAUUCUGAUGAUACACAAUUUACUUGUUACUUAAUUUUUUUUUAAUAAUUUUUUUUAACAAUAAUUUUAUUUGUAUUUUAAUUAUAUAUUAUAAUAAUAACAAUUUAUUAUAUCGAUAAAAAUUUAGGAAGUAAAAUAAAAGAAUAAAAAUUUCUUCGUUACAUUUAUUUUACAUUUAUUAAUUAUAUCAAGAAUAAUUAAUUUUUUAAGAAUACAAAUUUUUUUAUUUCUCUAUACAUGUUCAAAACCAUAACCUCUAAUAUAUCACAAAAGAUAAUAAGAACUAAUCUUGCGUUUAAUGCAUUUAAUUCGUUUAAUUCGUUGAAAGAAACGUGAGAAAUGCGUUAAUCCUCAAAUAGUAUUGUUAAAUCUAUAAAUAUCUUAUGGUCUAAGUAUAAUAUUUAUAUUAUAUAUUUAAAGUUUAAAGGAUAAAAUUUAUUUUUGUCGUUUCAAAUAUAAAAUACAAGAUAUAAUUUAAUAUUUUAUAAUUAAAUUAUGAAUAUUGUACCUAUAUGAACAUUUAUGAUUUAUUUAACAGUGCAAAAUUAUUUAAAAUACAAAUAAUAUACAAAAAUAUAAAAAGAUACUUGUUACAAUAUUUAAAUUUCUAUUUAAGUAUCAUUUAGACAGUUGUGCGUUCAUCGAAAUAUAAUUUGCAUCGAUACUACAAUACUAAUUGAAGAUUAGCGUUUUAAAUAAUAUGUAGAUAAAAUAAGGAAUAGGAUACAACAGUUAAAUAAUACAAAUUAUUUAAGAUUCUUAUAGAUUCAUUUAACUUCGCCUCUAUAAUUUAUUAUAAAUUAUUAGUAAACCGAAUACUCAUCAUCGGUAUACAUAUAAAACGUAUUUUACAUAUAUACAUACAAAUGAUAACUGCCUCAUUUAAUUAAUUUUAAAUCUUAUAUAUAUAUAUAUUUUAAGAACUAUUAUGAAUAUUAUAACAAAAUAAAAAAAAUGAUACAUCGAAUAACGUUAAUCAAAAUAUAAAUACCUUUCACGGUAUUAUCGUUGAUUUUAAGAAAUCAUUUAUAUAUUUAUACAGAGGAAGUAAUCAUUGAAUUUGAUUGUUUAUUCGUCAAUUAAACGAACGACCAAUUAUAGCGUAUAAUUUUUUAUCUUGUACAAUUACAAUUAAUCAAUCACUUUGAAAUAUUAUAAAUAAUACAUAUUUUGUAGAUACAUUUCAAUCAAAAGAGAAACAUCUUAUGAAUGUUUUAAAAAUAUCUUAUCAAAAAAGUUAUUGUAUAAAAAAUUUUCUGCCAAGUGUGCUAUUGUUUUCAUUUAAAACAAUUUAACGAAUGUUAUUUUCGUUUUAAUUGUAUAUGUAUUUUUAUUAUGUACUUACAAUGGUUUAUAGAAAUAUUUGAACACUUGGUAUAGAAAAAUUAUAUAAAUAUAAUAUGUAUAUGUGUUAUGUAAAAAUAUUUAAAAUACAAUAAGUAUACACAUGUAUAUUGGGACUAUUUAAAAUCAAUAUGUAUACUGAAAAAAUCCAAAAGUAUACGUAAAUGUUAUAAAAUAUUUAUUAUAAGCGAUUAUUUUUCAAUUGAUUUCAAUGCAAUUCAAUAUCAAAUUUAUGUAAAAAUUGUAAAUUUAAAUAAUUUGUAAACUUGUGUAACUUGUAUUGUAAACAAUGUACGUUUAUUGUUUUAAAAAAGAAGAAUUUUAUCAUUUUUAAUUAUUGGUGGGACAGAAGUUACAGGAAAUUUUACAUCUGAUUUAAAAAUAAUAGGGAUAAAUUAUCAAAAAAUUGAUCAAAAUCUUCAUCAAAAUUUUUUAGAGAAUUUUCAAUUAGAAAAAUUGUAUUUUCUUUCAUGCAACUUGUCUAUAAAUUUGUUAUUUCAAAUUUUUAUUUUUAAAUUUUUAAUUUUUAAAUAUAUAUUUUAAAUAUUUAUUUCUUAUCUUUUUUCGUUCUUAUAUUUCGUUAUUAUAUUCUUUAUAUAGAAGAGAAUACGUACACAUAGUAUUCAAUCUCACCUAUUAUUAUGUUAUUAUAAUUGUAUAUGUUAUUAUUAUAUAUUUUUAUUAUAAAGUAUGAAUGCAUUCAUACAUGGAAAUGAUCAAUUGAAUGAAUAUGAUUGAAAUUUAUGGAAAAAUCAACGAAAAUUGAUACGAAACAAGAAAAAUGUAGAGUAUUUUCCAUCUCGUUAAAUACCAAAUGCAAAAAUAUUUCAAUAGGUGGUAGAAAGAUCAUUUUUCCUUCCUUUUCAUUCUCUUUCUCUUUCUAUUUUUUAUUAAAUUUUAUUUCGUCAAAAUCAUAUAAAUUCAUAUAAAAUCAUAUAAAUUCAUAUAAAUUCAAUCGUUAAUAUAUUCUAUCGUAUCGAACUUGAUUCCUUGAUAUCUAAUCGUCGAGUAAAUUAUUAACGAAUUUGCGUAUGAAGAAACGAAAUAAAAAUGAAAAAAGAUCAGAAAAAAUAUUUUUGAUGACGGGAACGCGAUUUUUAUGUAUUCCUUUUUGAAAUAUUUUAUUAAAUUUUAUUUUUUCCUAAGUGAUUUAAGUUUAAACGCAUUAACGUUAUAAUUAAAAUGAUUCGUUAGUUUACGAUUUAUAUAGUAUUCGAAAUAAAAUUGUUAAUUUUAUUGUUAAUUUGUUAAUUGCCGCGAAUUUAAUCAAACAAAUACAAACUUAAUAAAUGAAAUCAUUUUGAAUACAUGUACAUAUGAAUUAUGAUGUGUUAUUUAACAAUUUUUAAUACACAUAUUGUAUUUAUAAAAACUUUCCGAGUGUUCUAAGUGUUCGAAUCUUUCGAUGCAAUCAUAGAUUCUUUUCGAUAUAAUUAGAAACAAAUGAUAUACAAUAAUAAUGUAUAAGGAAUAUUUUGUUAAUGAGAAUCUAAAUCUAUCAAUUAAAAAUUAAAUGUUCAUCCAGUAUUAUAUUAUAUUAUACUUUCUGUUCUGUUUUUAGACAAAGGCAACGAUGAAUUCUCAAAUUUCAUUAUAAUAAUAUAAUUAAUGAAAAUAAUAUUAGAAAAGUAAUUAUAUGCAUAAGACGUAUUUUUAUGUUAAAAUUUAUGGUAAUAUUUUUUUGAAUAUCUCGUACGAAACAGAUUUAAAUCGUCCAUAUAAAAACUCGAUAUAUAAAAUGGACAAAUAUGUUUCAAAUGUGUCGAGACAUUAUAUUCUAUCUGAAUAGAUUGUACGUUAGGUUUUUCCGAUCGAUCGGUUCCAAUCGAUGGAACAGAUCGAUUCUAUCGUCUCGAUCGAGAAUAAGCUCAAGCAGUUAACGCGAAUGCGCAGAUUGAGAAUUGGAAGCAAAAAUGAAUUUUUGCCAAAGAGACGUGGAAACGUCGUCGACCGAGUGGCGUGUCGAACAUUGUCAUUUCGAGGAAGCGGAAGAAAUUUUCUGCCAAGUGUGCUAUUGUUUUCGUUUAAAACAAUUCAACGAAUGUUAUUUUCGUUCUAACAAUUUAAGAAAUAUGACGCGAGAGAAUAUAUUAAAUAACGAAUUACAAGCAAAUUUUGAUAAAUUAAUACGAAAUUAUUUAAAUUGACUUUUUUAUUUCACAAAAAAAAUUUAAAAAACGGAAAGAAAAAUGAAAUAAAAUUGCAAUGAAUUGGCGUUUGACUUUGAAUAGAAAAUCACCGACACGAAUGCCCGUGUCCCACUUCGAUAAUAUCGAUUCGUUGAAUAGAAAACAGAGUUUGCCCAAAAAGCGAGUCUUUCGUUCGCGAGUCUUUGCCAAUUUUAUAAAAGACACGACUCCUUGUCCCCACUUAUGAGCAAUCUUUCUUCUUUGUGCUUUGAAAAUUUAAAAGAAAAAAGAAAGAAAUAAUUCGUUCAUUCAAAAUAAUUACAAUUUCGAACAUUAUUAGAACGAAAUUAAAAUUAAAAUUCUAUAAUAAUCUAUCGAAAGGAAAGAAAAGAGGUAAAUUUUUGGAAUUUUCGUUUUCAUUAUUUAUUUAUCAGUUUAUUAAACGGGAUUUAUCGCGUGAAAUAAUUGGGAAAACAAACAGUUUCGAUUACAGUCGAACAAGCACACGUAACGUUGAUACCAAAGAAUCGAUAUCCGCUCCUUUGCAAUGACGAUUGCUACAAUGAUUUCAAUUAUUACCAAUGAUGUGUUGAUUACGUAAAAGAGCGACACACCGCUUCGGUUCUCAAUUAAUAUCGAUUCUUGUUAUCGAAUUCACGUGAGACAUGAUCCAAUGUUAACUGUAAAUUCGACGUUAAUUUAAUUAAUAUGCCAAUAUUCGAUGAUUCUCGAAAUAUUUGUUAUUAAGCAUCAUUAUAUAUCGUACCUCUUUUAUAAAUUUUUUUCAUGUCCUAAUAAUAUCUUCCAGACAUGAUUCCAGUUAUAUCUUGUAGCUGGUACUGUUUUUAACAUUAUCUAUAUUUUUGGUUUCAUUAUUAUCUAUAUUAAAUUUUGUACAGUUAAUUAUUUGUAGGAAUGUUUCGAUAAUAAUAUCAUUGAUAUCAUUAUUUUAAUAUUCGUAUUAUUAUAAGUAUAUUAUUAUCUUGUUAAAUCUUGUAUUUAAUAAAUAAGUGAAGAGAAAUAAGGAGA